AUGCAUAACCAAGAUAAAUAUUCCUCAUCGGAGAAGUACGCUUAUGUACCGCCAAGUGGGCCAAGUUUGCAUCUUAAACAUGAUAUGAUGUAUCCGCAUCAUCCCGGGGUAGGUACGGGCCAUGGAAAUCCUAACGCUCGUCCACAUCAUACACAAAUGGGCCAUCCUGGAAUGGAUACAAUGGACUUGUUGGAUCCUAUUUGUCCGUCGUCACUACCACCUCUGGCAAUACCUUCCGAAUCGAAUUCGGUGAGUUCUCAUUCUCAUGGUCAACUUCACGCUCCUAUCUAUUCUCAUAGUAUGAAUAGUAUGAUGGGGUCACAUCACUCAUUAACUACGCAUCAUCCAGUUACCAUGCACGAUGCCGAUACGGAUCCACGCGAACUCGAAGCGUUUGCUGAGAGGUUUAAGCAACGAAGGAUCAAAUUAGGGGUGACACAAGCGGAUGUGGGUAAAGCCCUAGCUAAUCUGAAGCUUCCAGGAGUCGGUUCGUUAUCACAGAGCACUAUCUGUAGGUUCGAAUCUCUUACUCUCUCCCAUAACAACAUGGUAGCAUUAAAGCCUAUAUUACAAGCGUGGCUGGANUUAAAAAAUCUUUAUUUUUUCUAUUAA